GAGAGAGAAAGAGAGAGAGAGAGCGUGUUAGAUAGAGAUCACAAGAGAUAGAAAGAGCAGAGGCAGAAAGAUAGAAGUCAACUUCCAUUUGGUUUAUCUGGCAGCUCGGAGACAUUCCAGCAGAGAUGGACAGAGAGGCCCUCCUCCUCUCCUCUCCCCAGCUCCAGGUGGUGAGGGAACAGCCAGGGAGCCCGGCCCAGGAAGGCCACUGGAGCACCGGCCUCUGUGAAUGCCACCAGGACCUGGGAGACAGCUGUUUCGCGCUGUGCUGCCUGCCUCUGUACACCAGCAAGGUGGCUUGGUCAGUGGGGACGUGUCCCUGCCUGCCUCUGCUGGACUGCAUCAGCUGUGUGCCUGCUGCCUCUCUGGCCAUGAGAGCCUCUGUCCGAGAGCGAUACGGCAUCCAGGGGGGAGUGUGGAGUGACUGUUUCUACGGUUGCUGUUGCUACCCACUCUCCUGGUGCCAGAUCUCCCGUGAGCUCAAAAGACGAGCAGCAGUCUAUCACAACUCCCCCUCCUCCUUCUCCUCGGUCCAAUACAUCGCUCUCACCUCCCUGCAGGGGGCGCACUUGAUUUAGAAGAGGCAGGAUCUGACAAAUGAGCCUGGACCACAUGGGCACAAUUAUAUCAUUGAACUAAUUAGCUUCAAACUCCUUAACUUGGUCCCCUCCCACAUCUAUGGUUGGUUAUAUCACCCACGUCUAAUAGUCUACUACACCUUCUACCUUACGUUUGACCUCUAUAUGAACUGCAAACGACUAUUGAUUGGGUGAUUUUUGCAUUUCUUUUUCUAUUUAAUAAUUCUUUUUACUAUUAGACACAAGAGGCAAUACAGAUAUCAGCAUACUUUGUAAUGUUUUACAGUUUAUACACCUCCCUAUGGUUUUUACCACACUCAUAUUCACACAUUCAUACCCGCCACACAGACCGUCACCCGCCCUCAGACACCCUCCCACCGCUCACACACCCUCUUGACACA